CAAAAGGAAACCCUUUUUUCACAUGUACAAAUGGGUUAUGGUUGGUGAACAGAGAGGCGGAGGCGCGCACUCCCAAAAAAUCGCAGCGCUCAAAAAUUGAUUGAUUGAGCACUUCAACGAAAAGCAAUUUAUCAAAGUAACGAAAACACAACAGAAAAACCCUAAAAAGAAGAAAAUAUCUAAUUCACUUGAAAUCCGUCCAUGUCCCAAAAGUCCCCUUCUCAUUCUCAGAAAUAAUGAACAUUGAAACGGAAUCGCAGAAGAAAAAUUACGGAGGAGUAGGGGUUGGUGUUUUUGGAGAAGUGUGCGGUGUUACUAUGAUGCUGCCAGCAAAGGAGCUCGACCUAAUGGAUAAGAUGGAUCCUCCUCCUCCUCCUCCUCCUCCUGCUUCUCCUUCCCCUUUUCAACUCCGCAUUCAGCUUCCUGAUCCUAGGAUUGCUAUCCGAGAUCUAAUUAGAACUAGAGAAGUCGGUGAGUUUCUCAGCGGAGCUUUAGCUGGUGCUAUGACCAAGGCUGUCCUUGCUCCUCUGGAGACCAUCAGAACAAGAAUGGUGGUUGGUGUUGGGUCCAAAAACAUUUCUGGUAGUUUCUUAGAGAUCAUUGAGAAGCAGGGUUGGCAAGGACUGUGGGCUGGCAACGCUAUCAAUAUGCUUCGCAUAAUCCCUACCCAGGCAAUUGAGCUUGGUACCUUUGAGUGUGUUAAGCGGACAAUGACAUUAGCUCAAGAGAAAUGGAAUGAGACUGGCUGUCCAAGAGUGCAGAUCGGUCCUGUCAGCUUGAACUUUUCGCUCUCCUGGGUUUCCCCAGUUGCCGUAGCUGGUGCUGCUGCUGGAAUUGUUAGCACACUUGUGUGCCAUCCGCUUGAAGUUUUAAAGGAUCGAUUGACCAUAAGUCCUGACACAUACCCUAGUUUAAGCAUUGCAAUCAGCAAGAUUUAUAGUGAUGGAGGGAUAGGUGCCUUUUAUGCUGGUAUUUCACCUACUCUGAUUGGCAUGCUUCCAUACAGUACAUGUUACUAUUUUAUGUAUGAGACAAUGAAGAAAUCUUACUGUGAAACAAAGAAGAAGAAGUCACUGAAUCGUCCAGAGAUGCUCUUGGUUGGAGCACUUGCUGGUUUUACAGCUAGCACCAUUAGCUUUCCACUGGAGGUUGCUAGGAAACGACUAAUGGUGGGGGCUUUGCAGGGAAAGUGCCCGCCCCACAUGGCAGCAGCACUUUCAGAAGUCAUCCGGGAGGAGGGCCUGUUAGGACUUUAUAGAGGGUGGGGUGCAAGUUGUUUAAAAGUCAUGCCUUCGUCUGGUAUCACUUGGAUGUUUUACGAAGCUUGGAAAGAUAUACUGCUUGUUGAGAAACGUCUUUUAUAACAGAUGUUUUACGAAAGCUUGGAAAGAUAUACUGCUGGUUGUUAUAUGGGAUUGGGCUUAAAUAUGCCCAUUGCGCUGACGAAAUCCCGUGAUCUCUGAUACGAACCAAACAAUUUAAAUUAAUAACAAAAGAUUCUUUUUGAGAGUUGCAUAUUUUGCGAUAUGUGAGUGCGAGCUGCUAAGGUGAUGGCUUUGACAAUGAAUAGACUAGCCAAGCUUAUGCAUAGCUGAUAGUCAGUAUUAUUAUUUGGCAUUGCAAUCACAGAAUAUCUAAAAUGAAAUCUCUAAGAAACUGACAGAGGAGUAUAAUGAAUGUUAUUUACAGCAAUUGCAAGUGAUGGAACAUGAAAAUUUAGAGAGUAAGAUGCUAAUCUAAAUCUGCAGAAGCAUUUGCACGCCUUAGAAAGCGAGAGAUACAACCGGUGCUUGAUUGUGAGUUGGAGUUCUCAGCAAGAAUGUAAAAACAGAACAAGCAUAACGCUGUUAAAGAGCAGGGGCAAAUAUCAAUACACGCGCAGUCUCACAAAAUUUAUAAAUAAUUAACCAAGAAAAAAAAAAAAGUUGGUUACCAGCAUAAGCAACAGUAAAACCAGAGAUCAAACGACCCAAAGCAGAGAUAACAUAAAGGGAAAUCACAACCUGAGGAAAAAGAUACAUGAAGGAGCAUGAAUUUUGAAUUAAUUGAAAAGAAGAAGAAGAAGAAGAAGAAGAAGAACCUUGAAGAAAAGACGCUUGUCAUGGCCAGUAGCAGCAACCCUCAAAACAGACUCGGCAGCGCCAAUAGUAUUAGCGAACCAAGCAACGAUGCUGUUUGCUGUGUCCUGAGAGAUCUGCCACUCCAGAGGAUCUACGGGCACUCUACAUAUAAUCAGCAAAGACAGACGGAAUUAGGAGAUUUAUUUUUAUAUUUUAUUUAAAAAAAAAAAAAAAAGAGAAAGAAAGAAAUGCACGAGAUGUUCAUUUGGCGAAAAAGAAGACCGAGAAUGGCGAGAGAGCAGAGGAGGACGAUUAGAACAUCGGAAAGCAAAGAGAGGAGACUGGCGUUCCGAUAGGCGCAGUGAUAGUAGACCAACGUCCCACACACCAUCCCGAUAAUCGCUUUUCCCAUCUCGUUCUUUUUAUUAACCUCCUCCAUUUCUUCCUCAAAAUUCAGAAUCUAUCUCUUUUACACUUUCUCCCUCAACCUGUGAUUAUGUACCUUAUUUUAUUUAUUUUAGAAAACAAAAAACACACAGAGACCGGUCCAUGGCUCUGCCCCCGUUUUCAACAUCAAUAUUUGACUUUUCGUUUCUCAUUUUCAACAUCAAUCAAACAAAAUCCCUUUUUUAAUUUUUAAUUUUUUCCUUGAAGACCUAACUCCACCGCAGGCUUCCUAUAGACGGAGCAAACAAAAAUCAUUUUCUAAGCAGACGACGAGUCGUUUAGGAUGACAAUUGACUCUGGACUUGCAAAUCGAAAGAGAAAUUAUUUCAGAAUAAUGCCGGAGAGGAGGAGAGACAUAAUAAUAAAGCUUUGAUGCGCGAUGGAGUUAAAAAAGGCCCCAGUCCAGUCGAGGUAAUUGUUUGGUUAUUCAUAUAGAAAUCAUCAUGAGAAGUAUAUAUAUGAAUGAAUAAAACCCCAGUGACAGGCAGCAACGCCGCCUUCUUAUGAUCAAAUUUCCCAAAGCAAUAAAAUUACCUUUUCACCAAUCAACAACAAUUAUUUCUAUACAAUACUUUACAUACAUUCAUUCAUUCAUUCAUACAUACAUACAAGUUGGACAUAUAAUAUUUAUAUAUAAAAUACAUUGAUACACUAAUUAUGCAAUUUCCAAUAUCACCACUACCAACUAAUUUGAAUCCCAUGACCUAAUCCCAAAUGAUGCUACUCUUCUCCACCAUCAAUUUCUUCCUCUCCCACUUCCUCAACUUUCCUCAGCUUGGCUUUCUGCAUUAACAUUAGCAUUAGCAUUCUCAGUUUACUAACAAACUUCCACUUAUAAGCUACUAUUUAUUACUUUUGCUUAUUUUUUUAUCUGUUUAUUCACAGAUAGAUUAUUAUAUUUCUGUCAGCUUUGUCUGUCACACUUCCACAGACCCGAAGCAUAACCCUGAUCACUUUUUUACCAACAAUAAUAAAACUAGAAGAAAGAAAAUGUCGCACCUUCGCCACAGAGUUGCUCAAACCGAGCAACUAUGUGCUUCCCGUACGUGUAUUUCUUCAAAGCAUGAAGAUGAAUCCUUAUUCGACUCAGCAAUAUUUCCCGCUGUUUAUCAUUGCUUAUUUCAAGGAUCUUUUGCACCACAUAGUUUGCAAAUUGAUCUUUCAUCAUUGUC